GCCUCCUCUGCUCCCUCCCUCCCCGCCCCCAGUCUCGCCGCUGCGGCUGACGGAGCGAGGCCUCCAUUUUGCCUGCGAGAGGCCGCCGCCGUCGCUCGGGUGGGUGGGCGGCCCCCGAGGAGGUGCUGUAACCCAGCAAGGGAGGGCCUCUUCCUUCGCUGACUUUGGCCCCUUCCUCCUCCUCCUCCUCUCCCCGCCGCAGCCCCAUCUAUAACCGCAGCCAUGUCGGACUUUGUGGAGAGCGAGGCUGAGGAGUCCGAGGAGGAGUACGACGAAGACGGAGAAGUCGUCACCAGGCCACCCAAGAAGUUUGUGGAGGAUGAAGACGAGGAGGAGGAGGAAAACCUUGAUGACCAGGACGAGCAGGGGAACUUGAAAGGCUUCAUCAAUGAUGAUGACGAUGAGGAAGAGGAGGAGGAGGAAGAGGCCAGUGAUUCCGGAGACUCUGAUGUUGGUCGUAAAAAGAGGAAGCGCAAUUUUGAUGACCGUCUUGAGGACGACGACUUUGACCUCAUUGAAGAAAACUUGGGUGUCAAAGUUAAACGGCAAAAAUUCAGGCGGGUGAAAAAGAUGUCGGAUGACGAGGAUGACGAAGAAGAGGAUUAUGGGAAGGAGGAGCACGAGAAGGAAGCCAUUGCUGAAGAAAUCUUCCAGGAUGGGGAGGGCGAGGACGGGGGAGAGGGCGGCGAGGCCCCUGUUGCCGCAGCCGAGGAAGAAGAGGAAGAGGAGGAAGAUGAAUCUGACAUUGAUGACUUCAUUGUGGAUGACGACGGGCAGCCUCUGAAGAAGCCCAAGUGGAGGAAGAAGCUCCCUGGAUACACAGACGUCGCUUUGCAAGAGGCUCAGGAGAUAUUUGGAGUGGACUUUGACUAUGACGAGUUCGAGAAGUACAACGAGUACGACGAGGAGCUGGAAGACGAGUACGACUACGAGCCCGAAGACACGGAAGGGGAGAUCCGCGUCCGGCCCAAGAAGACAGCCAAGAAACGCGUCAGCCGCCGCAGCAUUUUCGAAAUGUAUGAGCCCAGCGAGCUGGAGAGCAGCCACCUGACUGACCAGGACAACGAGAUCCGGGUGACUGACAUGCCCGAGAGGUUCCAGCUGCGCUCCAUCCCUGUGAAGAAUGCCGAAGAUGACGAGCUGGAAGAGGAAGCUGACUGGAUCUACCGGAAUGCUUUUGCCAUGCCCACCAUCUCCCUGCAGGAGAGUGCCGACUACCUGGACCGCGGCCAGGCCAGCAGCAGCUUCAGCCGCAAGGGCCCCAGCACCAUCCAGAAGAUCAAAGAGGCCCUGAACUUCAUGAGGAACCAACACUUUGAGGUUCCGUUCAUCGCCUUCUACAGGAAGGAGUACGUAGAGCCAGAGCUGCACAUCAGUGACCUGUGGCGAGUCUGGCAGUGGGACGAGAAGUGGACCCAGCUGAAGCUCCGUAAGCAGAACCUGACCAGGCUCUUUGAGAAGAUGCAGGCCUACCAGUACGAGCAGAUCUCUGCGGAUCCGGACAAGCCUCUGGCAGACGGCAUCAGAGCCCUGGACACCACCGACAUGGAGAGGCUGAAGGAUGUGCAGUCCAUGGAUGAGCUGCGGGAUGUGUACAACCACUUCCUGCUCUACUAUGGCCGAGACAUCCCCAAGAUGCAGAAUGCCGCCAAGGGAAGCCGCAAGAAGCACAAGAGGGUCCGGGAGGACGGCGAGGAGGAGGAAGGCGAAGGGGAGGACGUGGAGGACGAAGAGCAGAAGGGGCCGGAGCUCAAGCAGGCGUCUCGCCGGGACAUGUAUACCAUCUGCCAAGCGGCUGGCCUAGAUGGCUUAGCCAAGAAGUUUGGGCUGACCCCCGAGCAGUUUGGGGAGAACUUGCGCGACAGUUACCAGCGCCACGAGACGGAGCAGUUCCCAGCUGAGCCCUUGGAGCUGGCCAAGGAUUACGUCUGCAGCCAGUUCCCCACUCCGGAGGCCGUGCUGGAAGGGGCCUGCUACAUGGUGGCCCUGCAGAUUGCCCGCGAGCCCUUGGUCCGGCAGGUCCUGCGCCAGACCUUCCAGGAAAGGGCAAAGAUCAACGUCGCUCCGACCAAGAAAGGGAAGAAGGAUGUGGACGAGGCCCAUUACGCCUACUCCUUCAAGUACCUGAAGAACAAGCCUGUGAAGGAACUGCGGGACGAUCAGUUUCUGAAGAUCUGCCUGGCCAAGGACGAGGGGCUCCUGACCAUUGACAUCUGCAUCGACAUGAAGGGCGUUGAGGGCUACGGCAACGACCAAUCCUACUUUGAGGAGAUCAAGCAGUUCUACUAUCGUGACGAGUUCAGCCACCAGGUGCAGGAGUGGAACCGGCAGCGCACCUUGGCCAUUGAGCGGGCGCUCAACCAGUUCCUCUACGUCCAGAUGGCCAUGGAGCUGAAGAACAAGCUGCUGGUGGAAGCCAAGGAGUUUGUCAUCAAGGCUUGCAGCCGGAAGCUGCACAACUGGCUGAAGGCGGCUCCUUACCGGCCAGACCAGCAGGUGGAGGAAGACGACGACUUCAUGGACGAGAACCAGGGCAAGGGCAUCCGAGUGCUGGGCAUCGCCUUCUCCUCGGCCAGAGACCACCCUGUCUUUUGCGCCCUGGUGAAUGGGGAAGGGGAGGUGACGGAUUUCCUGCGCCUGCCGCAUUUCACCAAGCGAAGGAACGCCUGGCGGGAGGAGGAGAGAGAGAAGAAGGCCCAGGAUAUCGAGACCCUGAAGAAGUUCCUGCUCAGUAAGAAGCCCCACGUGGUCACCAUUGCAGGAGAGAACAGGGAUGCCCAGAUGCUGAUAGAGGACGUGAAGCGCAUUGCCCACGAGCUGGACCAAGGGCAGCAGCUCUCCUCCAUUGGGGUGGAGCUGGUGGACAAUGAGCUGGCCACUCUCUACAUGAACAGCAAGAAGUCCGAGACCGAAUUCCGGGAUUACCCCCCUGUCCUGCGCCAGGCCGUCUCCCUCGCCCGCCGCAUCCAAGACCCCCUGAUCGAGUUCGCUCAGGUCUGCAGCUCCGACGAGGACAUCCUCUGCCUUAAGCUGCACCCUCUGCAGGAGCACGUGGUGAAGGAGGACCUGCUCAACUCCCUGCACUGUGAGUUCAUCAACCGCGUGAACGAGGUCGGGGUGGACGUCAACCGGGCCAUAGCUCACCCGCACAGCCAGGCCCUCCUGCAGUACGUCUGUGGCCUGGGGCCCCGCAAGGGCACUCACCUGCUGAAGAUCCUGAAGCAGAACAACACCCGGCUGGAGAACCGGACCCAGCUGGUCACCAUGUGCCACAUGGGGCCGAAAGUCUUCAUCAACUGUGCCGGCUUCAUCAAGAUCGACACAGCAUCGCUGGGCGACAGCACGGAUUCCUACAUCGAGGUCUUGGACGGGUCCAGGGUCCACCCAGAGACCUACGAGUGGGCCCGGAAGAUGGCUGUUGAUGCCCUGGAGUACGACGAGUCAGCCGAGGACGCCAACCCGGCCGGAGCUCUGGAGGAGAUCUUGGAAAACCCAGAGCGCCUGAAGGACCUGGACCUGGAUGCCUUUGCCGAAGAGCUGGAGAGACAGGGCUACGGUGACAAGCACAUCACCCUGUAUGACAUCCGAGCUGAGCUGAGCUGCCGCUACAAGGACCUGAGGAGCCCCUACCGCUCCCCCAACUCGGAAGAGGUCUUCAACAUGCUGACGAAGGAGACACCCGAGACGUUCUAUAUAGGUAAACUCAUCAUCUGCAACGUGACGGGGAUAGCCCACCGGCGGCCCCAGGGGGAGAGCUACGACCAGGCGAUCCGGAACGACGAGACGGGCCUGUGGCAGUGCCCCUUCUGCCAGCAGGACAACUUCCCUGAGCUCAGCGAGGUCUGGAACCACUUUGACAGCGGCUCUUGCCCCGGCCAGGCCAUCGGGGUGAAGACACGGCUGGACAACGGCGUCACAGGCUUCAUCCCGACCAAGUUCCUCAGCGACAAGGUGGUCAAGCGGCCCGAGGAGAGGGUCAAGGUGGGGAUGACCGUCCACUGCAGGAUCAUGAAGAUCGACAUUGAGAAGUUCAGCGCCGACCUGACCUGCCGGACGUCGGACUUGAUGGACAAGAGCAACGAGUGGAAGCUUCCCAAGGACACCUACUACGACUUUGAUGCCGAGGCCGGUGACCACAAGCAGGAGGAGGAGUACAAGAAGAGGCAGCAGCGCACGACGUACAUCAAGCGUGUGAUUGCCCACCCCUCCUUCCACAACAUCAACUUCAAGCAGGCCGAGAAGAUGAUGGAGACCAUGGACCAGGGGGAUGUCAUCAUCCGGCCCAGCAGCAAAGGAGAGAACCACCUGACGGUCACCUGGAAAGUCAGCGACAACAUCUACCAGCACGUGGACGUCCGCGAGGAGGGCAAGGAGAACGCCUUCAGCCUGGGGGCCACCCUCUGGAUCAACACAGAGGAGUUUGAGGACCUGGACGAGAUCGUCGCCCGCUAUGUGCAGCCGAUGGCGUCCUUCGCUAGAGACCUGCUCAGCCACAAAUAUUACCAGGAUUGCAACGGGGGAGACAGGAAGAAACUGGAGGAGCUCCUGAUCAAGACCAAGAAGGAGAAGCCCACCUUCAUCCCCUACUUCAUCUGCGCCUGCAAAGAACUUCCGGGCAAAUUCCUGCUGGGCUACCAGCCACGGGGCAAGCCCAGGAUUGAGUAUGUGACGGUUACGCCCGAAGGCUUCCGGUACCGCAGCCACGUCUUCCCCACGGUCAACGGGCUAUUCCGAUGGUUCAAGGAUCACUACCAGGACCCUGUCCCAGGAGUCACCCCCAGCAGCAGCAGCAGGACCCGGACUCCGGCUUCCAUCAACGCGACUCCGGCGAACAUCAACCUGGCAGACCUGACCCGAGCAGUGAACGCCCUGCCACAGAACAUGACCUCACAGAUGUUCAGCGCCAUCGCAGCCGUGACGGGCCAGGGGCAGAACCCCAACGCCACCCCUGCGCAGUGGGCCUCCAGCCAGUACGGCUACGGAGGCAGCGGUGGCGGGAGCAGCGCUUACCACGUCUUCACAACUCCUGCCCAGCAGCCGGUGGCCACCCCGCUUCUGACCCCCAGCUACUCCUACACGACCCCCAGCCAGCCCAUCACGACCCCCCAGUACCACCAGCUCCAGGCCAGCACCACGCCCCAGUCCACCCAGUCUCAGCCCCAAUCCCAGCCGUCCUCCAGCUCAGCACAGAGGCAGCAGCCCAAGUCCAGCAGCCACACAGCCAUCGACUGGGGCAAAAUGGCAGAGCAGUGGCUGCAGGAGAAGGAGGCCGAGCGGAGGAAGCAGAAGCAGAGGCUGACCCCCCGCCCCUCGCCCAGCCCCAUGAUCGAGAGCACGCCCAUGUCGGUCGCCGGAGACGCCACCCCGCUGCUAGAUGAGAUGGACCGGUAGUCCUGUUCCCCUCGCUGCCGCCGGAGACCCCCUCCCUUCCUCCCUCCCUCCCUCCUGCCGGCUGGCUGGCCACCUCCCUCGGGGUCUUUGUUUCCUUUGCCCUGGACACUCGAGGCAUGUGCCAGGGACGCUGGGCAGCGCCCUCCUUGUGGGUUGCGGAGGAGAGGCCCCUGUGUAUAUACUGGCAGCGGAGGAAGCCUUUCUGCUGGGCGGGGCGCCAGUCCUGACCCGGCCCUCCCGCUGCUCUUCUGCGCUUUGCUCUCGCAGCCGGCGUCAGCCGGUCCUCCCGCCAGCGAUGUUCUCUUUUUCCAAAACCGCCCCUGGAGUGCUGGCCAGAUCCGGCUGCGUGGAGGAAUAAAACCUUCGGGGGGGGGGUACCAGGAGAGGGGCUCUGCCAGUGACUGGGCCAGGGUUUGCUCUCUCUGUGUCUGUCUGUCUGUCUCUCUUUCUGUGUGUCUGUCUGUCUUUCUCUCCCUCCUCCUUCGCUCGUUGCCUGUAUUUGUACGUAUGAAAAGGGCUUUGCUUUUGCCCACCCCACCCCCCGGCAUGUGGGGGGGGGCCCUUGAUGGCUGGAAGAGAAUCCAGCCUCCCUCGCCCAUCGGCUGGCUUUUCCUUGGCACACCCUCUCCGGGACAAUAUUUAUUCAGUUGUGUUACUUUUUUUAAAAAAAGGAGACUGCAGAGUUGAACCCGGGGCGACCGCGGCUUUUGUUUGGGAGCUGUGAAGUGCCGGGAGAGUGAGAGUUUUUCUGGCGGCCUGAGAGUUUGCGGCGGCCUGAAUGCCAAGUAGUGCUCCCCGCCCCCACUUUACCCACCCCGCUGCCCCCCCCUCCUCUGCUCACUUCCAACAGCACCAAGGAAUAAAUAGUGUUUCUACUCAA